AAAAAAUAUUUCUGCCUUCACCGUCAAGCCGCAGCGGAUGGCUCCGUAUCCGUGAAGAAUGGGACGCGUUAUUGUUUGUAAUGCAUUGUUUUGCACGUAAAGAAAGUGUUUUUAUGUUUUAGCUAAAAAUCUAUUCGAUGAUUUGAUUUCGUCCUUGCCAAACAUGUCGGCCGUAAAGGAUGCGCAGAGCCCGGAGCAGCUGAAUAAAUUUGAGAAACUGUCAGGGAGUCCUCCUCUCCGAGUGGCAGGCUCUAAGAAGAAAGCUCGCUGGCUUCAGGCUCGACGAAUCCUCGCUCAACCUUGCUCCAGCCUGCGGAUCCCUAACAGGUUUUUAAGAGAAGGUCACAGAGCCCCUCCAGCGCGGAGCGGACACCGCUGUGUCGCCGACAACACCAAUUUAUACGUGUUUGGUGGCUACAACCCCGACUUUGAUGAGUCAGGCGGCUCGGAGAAUGAGGAUUACCCUCUUUUCAGAGAGCUCUGGAGGUAUCACUUUGCAACAGGGACGUGGCAGCAGAUCCGCACAGAGGGCUACAUGCCUACAGAGUUGGCCUCCAUGUCAGCUGUUUUGCACGGGAACAACCUGCUUGUGUUUGGCGGUACUGGAAUCCCAUUUGGAGAAAACAACGGGAACGACGUUCACGUGUGCAACGUCAAAUACAAGAGGUGGUCUCUGCUCAACUGUAGAGGGAAGAAACCCAACCGGAUAUAUGGACAGGCGAUGGCCAUCAUAAACGGCUUCCUGUACGUGUUUGGAGGGACGACGGGCUACAUUUACAGCACAGAUCUACACAGACUAGACCUCACCACACGAGAGUGGAUUCACCUCAAACCGAACAACCCUCCAGAUGACCUGCCGGAGGAGCGAUACAGGCAUGAGAUAGCACAUGAUGGACAGAGGAUAUACAUCCUAGGAGGAGGAACCUCUUGGACAUCCUACCCUUUAGACAAGAUUCAUGCUUACAAUCUUGAAACAAACUCGUGGGAGGAGAUCACAACAAAGCCUCAUGAAAGAAUAGGUUACCCAGCUCCCAGGAGAUGUCAUAGUUGUGUCCAGAUUAAAAAUGAUGUAUUUAUAUGCGGAGGCUAUAACGGCGAGUUGAUCCUGGACGAUUUGUGGAAGAUCAGUCUGCAGACGUUCCAGUGGACUAAACUACCUGCGGUGAUGCCUGAGCCGGCGUAUUUCCACUGUGCUGCUGUCACACCGGCCGGCUGCAUGUACAUCCACGGAGGCGUGGUGAACAUCCACGAGAACAAGAGGACUGGCUCUCUGUUUAAGAUCUGGCUGGUGGUCCCGAGUCUGCUGGAGCUGUGCUGGGAAAAACUGCUGAAAUCAUUUCCUCAACUGGCACAGCUCUCAACCAUGCAGCUGCUUAACCUGGGCCUCACACAGGAACUCAUCGAACGCUUAAAAUGAGGAUUAUCACCAAGCACGCACGCAAUCUAUUUCGGAACGGAGGAUGGACGACACACAUGAGCCAGUGUCUGAUAAGGAAUACAGGAUUGAUUUUUGAAAUUUCCUUUCCUUCUCCUUCUGGAAUAUAUCCUUAUAAUGUAGCCUGCCUUAAAACCAAAAAACAAACAAACUGCGGGUUGGCCUUUUGUUUCUUUUCCGUUGUACUUUUAAUUAUUUAAGAUAUCGUCUAGGAAGUGGUCUGUCUUUCAGGUUCCCCCUCUCCACUCCUCUGUUUCUUUUGGCCUUCGCCGACUGUGGACGAGUCGGAUAAACCCCGAUUGCCUCCGGAUAAACAAGAGCUGCUGCUCGAGGAGGUUUUCUCAUUUCUGCUACGACUACGGCCGCGGAAAGAAAAACAUCUCCAUGUGCAAUGCCAAGCUGGUUUGUGUGGCGUAGCAGAGCAGAUAAUUAGUAUGCUGAUUAAUCUAGCUAAUGUUACAUGAAUACUCUUCAGCAAUCACACAAACACUGCUUUCCAUUAGUCCAGCCCCCUUUUUUUUGUUUCUUAUUAUUUAUUUCUGCACAAAAAAAUAAUUGUCAUAUCCUCCUUCGGGAGCAGGUGUAUUUUUUCCGUUCUUCUGUCUCAUCCGAAUCUUUAUUCACUGUGAAUAAGGUGCUCUUUAAUUUACUUUUAAUGCUUUUAUUAUAAUAAAAAAACGCUUUAUUUUCUUUCUCUGCCAAAUCUGCGCUCCCCUUAUGAAGACCCUUAAAUGAUGACGUUUAGAUUAAUUCAUCUGAUUCAGUGCCUUUUCAAGGAAUUGACUAAAAUGUGCUAUAUUUCAUUUAUGACAUGCCUUGGAGUAAGCACCUUACAUAUUUUAAAAAAAAAUUAUUUAAAUCUGAAAUGAUAGACAUUUAUAACCCUGACUCUAAACCUCCAUUUCCUUUUUAUAAGACAGGAUGCAUUGAUUGAUUGAUAGAUAAAAAUGCUCCGAUACCAGCAUCCGCGCCGACUAACCACAUGAUGAUGCACUAAUGACCAGACGACACUAAAUGACCUGUUUCACACUUAAACCAAGCAAAGCUGCUCUGUGUAAAAUAACAACAGGAGGAAGUCUAGAGCCUCCUCUUAGACACCUGAUAUAACACGUCACGGUAUCAUCAUUAGACAGCGAUAAAACCUAGUUUUAAGAACGUGAGAUCAGGAGCAUGAGCACUUCAUUUCCGCGAGCACUAAGACAUGCAUCUAACUUAAAGCUACUAUUUAAAGUCGUAAAACUAGCAACCGCUAUAACCAGAGCAAAUGUUUCAGGACGUCCCUGAUUAAUUAAUACCAAGUCAGUUAAGCUUCAUGUCAUCAUAUCUUGACAUCAAGCUCAGUUCAACCUGAUUCAUCUAAACUGUAUUGCCUUUCAUUUAAACUCUGCUAAAGGAAAGAGACACUUGAUAGCCACAGUGUGAAACUCCCAUCAUAAAUUAGAGCUAUAAGUCUAUCAGGGCUGCACCUACCUGAAGUAUUCGCCCCGCCCUUCUUUUUUAAUUUUUAUUUCUGCAUGACUGAUGUUCGAGUAUGAAAGGCCCCACUGGAUUCUGCUCCCUGCUGAUGUGGUUUUAA